AUGUCGCCUCAGGAAAUAUCGGGGGCAUUCACCACGCUGCGGGUGUUCCGCGUCUUUCGGGUCUUCAAAUUCAGCCGCCAUAGCCAGGGCCUUCGUAUCCUAGGCUACACACUCAAGUCGUGCGCCUCAGAGCUCGGCUUUCUCUUGUUCAGCCUCACCAUGGCCAUCAUUAUUUUCGCCACCGUCAUGUACUAUGCGGAAAAGUCCGUGUCAGAGACAACCUUUUCCAGCAUUCCUUCCGCUUUCUGGUAUACAAUCGUCACGAUGACAACGCUCGGGUGA